CACCAAUGCGACUUACCAUGCAUCAAUAAUGCAGUCAAGUUAUUGCUAAAGCGAACAUUUAAAAGAACCCCGCAAAUAUAUAAUCUCUCUAUAAAUUGGGUAUAUAUACUUGUCAAGUGUAUUCUUCAAUCUUGGGGAUUAUGCAUUCGCGCUGAGAUAGCUAAACAAUUGCGAUGCUAUUCCUCCUAGCAAUAAUAGCCACUGCAGCCGUGGCAUUUUCCCUACAACAACAACCACCACCUCUACGGUUCACAAAAGACGGAACAUUCAAAUUGUCCAUCUUCUCCGACCUGCACUAUGGCGAAGCCGAGAACCUCCCCUGGGGCCCUCAACAAGACACCAACACAACCCACGUCCUCAACACCAUCCUAUCCAUCGAACAACCCCACCUCACCAUCCUCAACGGCGACCUCAUCACCGGCGAAGACACCUACCUCUCCAAUUCCUCCUCCUACAUAGACACCAUCGUCCAACCGCUCAUAAACCGUGAUCUCCUCUCGGCAUCCACGUACGGCAACCACGAUAGCGACUAUAACCUCUCCCGAGCGGAGAUUUUCGCUCGCGAGAAGCGAUAUCCGAAUAGUUUGACGGGGCGGAUGGUUCCGGGGGAAGUGGGGAAAGUGGGAGUGUCGAAUUAUUAUUUACUUGUUUUUGGGGCUGGUGAGGGAAAGGAUGAAGAGGAGGGGCCGGUGGUGAUUUUGUGGUUUUUCGAUAGUAGGGGAGGGAAUUGUUUUCAGGAAUUAGAUGGGGAUGGGGAGAAGGUUGCGCUGGGUGAAUGGGUUGAUGAAUCGGUAGCCAAAUGGUUCAUCCAAACCGCCGCCCAACUCACCAAACAAUACAACCGCACCAUCCCAUCCCUCGCCUUCUUCCACAUCCCCAUACAAGCAAUGUUAGCAUUCCAACAAGAAGCAGGAGUCGACCCGCACCACGAACCAGGAAUCAACGACGAUAACCCCCUAGCGCCGCAGACAGGAACCACCUACGACGGACAGGAUAUUCCAUUUAUGAAAGCGCUGCUUUCAACAGAAGGACUCAUAGCUACAUUUAGUGGACACGAUCAUGGUGAUGACUGGUGCUAUCGCUGGAACAGCACGUUGCCGGGAAUGAACCUCACGGGGAACGGGCUGUUUCUUUGUUUUGGCCGCCAUAGCGGAUAUGGAGGCUAUGGGAGCUGGACGCGCGGUGCGAGACAGAUCUUACUUGACGAACGGACGUUAGAUUCUCACACUGAGACGUGGGUCAGGUUGGAGGACGGGACGGUUUCCGGACAUGUGGUUUUGAAUAGGACGUAUGGGGAAGAUUACUAUCCUGCUGUUGUGGAUAGUUUUACAUGAGGAUAGUUAUGGAUCGUGUAGUCUUGGGUAACUUAAUUUCAAGUACUUGAGUGUGGACAACCUUGCUGGUAUCA